AUGGAUCUGGAAACACUUGCAAUUGCCGAGGGAUCAGGGGCAGAGCUUCCUCGAGACGUUUCUCCAUCAUCAUCACCGUCAUCCUGCCGCACCUACUCGCUCGACUCUCGCUCGGCCGUCUCUACAAAGCCUUCUUCAAGAGGGUCUUCACCUGCCACCAAGAAGGAGAACAACAAUGGGGCUCGGGGAAGAAGCAGACGCAGCUCUCAACCAGCCACACCAUCAUGGAACAUCCUGUUUCACCCCCGGUCCUAUGAAGAAAUCUAUGCGGAGCGAGCCUAUCUCACCGCGUCCCUCCAGGCCUACUCGCUGAGAGCGAUUGAGAUGAUUCACCAGUACUCCUUGAUCGAAGAGGAGCUGCAGGCCAGGGACCACGUUGGCAAAGAGAGGCGAAAGCUUCGUAAGCAGAUGAGUUUCAUCAAGGUGAAGCUGUCUGAGGCGUCACGUCAGGAAAAGGCCAUCGUUUUGAGGCUGAGCGAGUUACACAUGGAGCAGCUGGGGAGGGACGCAUGGGAUCAAGUACAGCAACGCAGGGCAUUCUACUCCAAGUUUUCCCCUCGAACGGCCAAGCCGUCGUCAAGGUCACCGGAGAAGCCACUCAGUGCAGACUCCAAGGAGUUUGUCCCGUCUGCCACCCAGCUGGAUAGCUCACCUGCCCGUGCUCACUCCUGCGCGUCAGAGUUGGAGUCUCGGACACUUGAUACCGUGGAUGAGGGCAAUGAAGGGGAAGAGAAUGAUGGUGAACGCCUCGAUGAGCCUGGGACUCCCGAGGCUGAAGAAGCUGAAAUCAGGUCCAGGGGAGACUCGCGGGGCGAUGAAUUGUGCAACCAUGGGCUGGAAUACACAUACCGGAGCUGUGACAAGACGCCAGAAUCGCAGUUACGGCCAUUGGAUACCAGGCAGAAGCUGUCUGCACGCUCAGAAGAUAGGCGGAAGAGUCUCCCGAGUUUAUGCUCUGUAUGGCCUGAUGCGAAAGACCAUGCAUGA